GUUCCCCACUUUAGAGGUCGGGUCUGCUCAAUACUCUCUCUUACUCUCGCAGGCAAAGACUCAUAUCCGUGCGGAAUUCUCGCUCCCAGGCUUACGAUGGAGACCUUUCUAUUCACAUCUGAGUCCGUAAACGAGGGUCACCCUGACAAGCUCUGUGACCAGGUCUCUGAUGCAGUGCUUGACGCCUGCCUUGCUCAGGACCCUGACAGCAAGGUUGCCUGUGAAACAUGCACCAAGACUAACAUGGUCAUGGUCUUUGGGGAGAUUACCACCAAGGCCAAUGUGGACUACGAGAAGAUUGUCCGCGAUACAUGCCGCUCCAUUGGAUUCAUUUCUGAUGAUGUGGGUCUCGCUGCUGACAAGUGCAAGGUCCUUGUCAAUAUUGAGCAGCAGAGUCCUGAUAUUGCCCAGGGUGUCCAUGGCCACUUUACAAAGAGUCCCGAAGAUGUUGGAGCUGGUGACCAGGGCCACAUGUUUGGUUAUGCCACUGAUGAGACCCCUGAACUUAUGCCUCUUAGCCAUGUUCUUGCGACUAAGCUUGGGGCUCGUCUUACUGAGGUUAGGAAGAAUGGGACUUGUGCUUGGCUACGGCCCGAUGGUAAAACCCAGGUUACUGUCGAGUACUAUAAUGAUAAUGGUGCCAUGGUUCCGGUUCGUGUUCACACUGUCCUCAUCUCUACUCAGCAUGAUGAGACUGUUACAAAUGAUGAAAUUGCUGCUGAUCUCAAAGAGCAUGUUAUCAAGCCUGUCAUCCCUGAGAAGUACCUAGACGAGAAUACGAUCUUCCACCUUAACCCAUCCGGCCGCUUUGUCAUUGGUGGUCCUCAUGGUGACGCAGGUCUCACUGGGCGCAAGAUCAUUAUUGAUACUUAUGGUGGCUGGGGAGCCCAUGGUGGUGGUGCUUUUUCUGGAAAGGAUCCGACCAAGGUGGACAGGAGUGGUGCGUACAUUGUUAGGCAGGCUGCCAAGAGCAUUGUAGCAAAUGGCCUUGCCCGUAGGUGCAUCGUGCAAGUUUCCUACGCAAUUGGUGUGCCUGAGCCCUUGUCCGUCUUUGUUGACAGCUACGGAACUGGAAAAAUUCCAGACAAGGAAAUCCUCCAAAUUGUGAAGGAGAACUUUGACUUCAGGCCUGGCAUGAUCACCAUCAAUCUGGACCUCAAGAGGGGUGGCAACAACCGGUUCUUGAAAACAGCUGCGUACGGACAUUUUGGACGAGACGAUCCAGACUUCACCUGGGAAGUUGUGAAGCCUCUGAAAUGGGAGAAGCCUCAAUCUUAAAACAAGCUUUGCCUAUCCCGGCUGCUCACUGCUUUGCUUAUCCAUGUUGCUGAAUAAUCCUCAUGUUUCUUGCUGCUACCCUAUAUG